GCAGAAUGGCCACCUCCUUCCCCGAGACUGAGCUUGCCCUGGAGGCAGUUGGAACCACACCCUACGACUACGACUUGGCACCGCCCUGUGAAAAAGUCAAUAUCAAGGAGCUGGGGGCGAGGUUUCUGCCCCCGCUGUACUCCCUGGUGCUCGUGGUGGGGCUCCUGGGCAACGUGGUGGUGGUGCUGAUCCUCACCAAGUACCGGAGGCUCAAGGUCAUGACCAACAUCUAUCUGCUCAACCUGGCGAUUUCUGACUUGCUCUUUCUCUUCACUCUUCCCUUCUGGAUCCACUACGUUGGGUGGAACGAGUGGGUUUUUGGUCCUUUCAUGUGCAAGCUCCUCUCGGGGUUUUAUUACCUGGGCUUGUACAGCGAGAUCUUUUUCAUCAUCCUGCUGACCAUCGACAGGUACCUGGCCAUCGUCCACGCCGUGUUUGCCCUUCGAGCCCGGACGGUGACUUUCGGUGUCAGCAGCAGCAUCUUCACCUGGGUCCUGGCAGUGCUGGCGGCCCUCCCCGAAUUUAUCUUUCACGAGUCCCAACAGGGCUCCGAAGAGUCUGUCUGCAGUCCUCUCUACCCAGAGGACGAGGAAGACAGCUGGAAGCGUUUCCAUGCUCUGAGAAUGAACAUCUUGGGUCUAGCGCUCCCUCUGCUCAUCAUGGCCGUCUGCUACUCUGGGAUCAUCAAAACCCUGCUGAGAUGCCCCAACAGAAAAAAGUACAAGGCCAUCCGGCUCAUUUUUAUCAUCAUGGUGGUCUUUUUCGUUUUCUGGACCCCCUACAACCUGGUUCUCCUUCUCUCUGCUUUUCAAAUGAACUUACUGGAGUACAGCUGUGAGCGCAGUAGACAUCUGGACCUGGCCAUGCAGGUGACGGAGGUGAUCGCCUAUACCCACUGCUGCGUCAACCCUGUCAUCUACGCCUUCGUGGGCGAGAGGUUCCAGAAAUACCUGCGCCACUUCUUCCACAGGCACGUGGCCAUCUACCUGGGCAAAUACAUCCCAUUCCUUCCUACCGAGAAACUGGAAAGAAGCAGUUCUGUCUCCCCAUCUACUGGGGAGCCGGAACUGUCUGUGGUGUUUUAGAUCUGGUGCAGAAAACUGCCUGUUGAAGCCGGACUAGGCAGGUGAAGCUAACACACUGGGUCAACAACACUGAACUCUGGGACAGGUCUUUGAACUUUCAGCACAAUAGCAAAGCUCUUGAAGAUCUUAAAACAUAAGCAAUGCGGGCAAUGUUGUGCUUACACACCCAAGGUCAUUAUCAGAGGCCAAGGGCUGGACAGUUUACCCACUGAAAAUCAUAAACACCACAGCUUUGCUUGAUUCUCUAAAGACUUACCUAAGUUUGGAUAUUAGAUAAUAUACACAGCCACAAACAGGUAAAACUUCUUAUAUUUUAAAACGUAACUUCAGCCACUUAUGGACAGAAAUGA